AUGCCAGUCUGUAAACAGUGUAAAGGUACGGAAUUCGAAAGAGAUUUGACCAAUGCAAAUAAUGAUCUCGUCUGUAAAGAGUGUGGUACAGUUUCAGAAGAUAACCCAAUCGUUUCGGAAGUCACUUUUGGUGAGACCAGCUCGGGUGCUGCUAUGAUCCAGGGUUCUUUCAUCAGUGCAGGUCAGUCUCACGCGUCUUUCAUGUCUCAUGGUGGCUCUUCAGCUCUCGAAUCUCGUGAAAACACUCUGAAGAAUGCAAGAAGAAAAUUAAGAGCUGUCUCCCACGCUUUAAGUAUUCCUGAAUAUAUCACCGAUGCAGCAUUUCAAUGGUACAAACUGGCCUUGGCUCAUAAUUUCGUCCAAGGUAGAAGAUCACAAAAUGUUAUUGCUUCAUGUCUUUACGUGGCCUGUAGAAAGGAAAAGACUCAUCAUAUGUUAAUUGAUUUUUCGUCAAGAUUACAAGUCAGUGUCUACUCUAUUGGUGCUACUUUCUUGAAGAUGGUCAAGAAGCUACAUAUUGCUGAGUUACCAUUAGCUGAUCCAUCUAUUUUCAUACAACAUUUUGCUGAAAAGUUAGAAUUGGGUGAUAAGAAAAUUAAAGUUGUUAAAGAUGCAGUGAAAUUGGCACAAAGAAUGUCAAAUGAUUGGAUGUUCGAAGGUCGUAGACCCGCCGGUAUAGCUGGUGCGUGUGUUCUUUUGGCAUGUAGGAUGAAUAAUUUGAGAAGAACUCAUUCUGAAAUCGUGGCAGUGUCUCAUGUCGCAGAAGAAACUUUACAAAAGAGAUUAAAUGAAUUCAAACAUACUAAUGCUGGGAAAUUAUCUAUUGAAGAAUUUAGAAAUCACGAUGCUGAUGCAAGCAAGAAUGACGACGAAUCAAGGCCCCCUUCAUUUAUGAAAAACCGUAAGAAUGAAAUUCAAAUCAAGAAACGUCUAUCAAGAGAUGAAAAGAAUCAAACUAGUGAAGAGGCGCUAAAUGAAAAUCCUAUUCUUACUCAGGUCCUUGGCGCCCAAGAAUUAUCUUCAAAAGAAGUCUUAUUCUAUCUGAAAGAAUUUUCGAAGAAAAGAGAACGUGUUAUAAAGAGGAUUAAAGCUACGCAUGGCAUUGACAAUGAACACGUAUUCAAGGGGAAGUUCAAGAACGAAGAAUUUGAAGAUAAUGAAGAAGAAGAAAGUAAGGAACGAAAGCCUUUGAAGCAUUAUCAAGAUGCUAUCGAUGGUUAUUCAUUAGAGAAGGAUCCAUAUAGGCCGAAAAAUUUACAUUUAUUACCAACCACAGAAUCUCUAUUGACCAAGAUCAAUGACGAUCCUGAAAAUUUAGAGGAUGUAGAUGAUGAUGAAUUAGAUGGACUCUUAUUGGAUGAAGAAGCAUCAAAAUUGAAGGAAAGAAUUUGGGUUGGUAUAAAUGAGGAAUAUUUAAUUGAACAAGAAAAUAAAAGAUUGAAAGAAGAAGCAGAUUUGAUUGCUGGUAAUACCACGUCAAAGAGAAGAGGUGGUAGUAAAGGAAAUAGACGUAAGAGGGCGAAAUUGGAAGGGACAGGAGAUAAAAUUGAUCCUGCCAAUGCCAUUGGUAUGAUGUCACAAUUAAAAGAAAGAUCUGUGAUGCAAGCUGCAUUAAGAGCAGCUGAAGAUACAGGUGAUACUACAGCGGCUGAUAGCGUUAAAAACAUGUUACAAAAGGCAAGUUUUUCAAGUAAGAUCAAUUACGAUGCAAUUGAUGGUCUUUUCGGAUAA